CUAGCGGUCGCAAUUUUCAUCAAAACACAGAACCUGGAUAUCACCAGCUGAUUGUCAAUUCUGCCCUCUCUUGCCGACGUCUUAUCAGUCGAAAAUGGCCGCUGCAGCAGCUCCCAAGCCGGCGAAAAGCCCAACAAAGAAGGCAGCCAAGAAACCUGCCAGUGAUCAUCCGUCGUACGAUGUCAUGAUCGUGCAGGCGGUGAAGGACCUCAACGAAAAGAAAGGCUCUUCUCGCCAGGCUAUUGUCAAGCACAUCAAGAGCAACCACAACAAGCUCACCGACAAAGCCGACGUCCGCAUCAAGCUUGCUCUGAAGAGGAUGGAGAAGAAGGGAACCCUCACCCACACCACUGGCAGCGGGGCAUCAGGAAGCUUCCUCGUGGCCGACGCCAAGAAACCAGCCAAAAAGACCACCAAGCCGAAGCCCAAGAAGGUCAAGAAGCCAGCGGCUGCCAAGAAAGCUGCCAAGCCGAAGUCUUCGAAGAAGACCAAGUCACCAACCAAGAGCAAGUCCAAGCCGAAGCCGGCAGCAGCGGAGAAGAAAUCCAAGAAACCUGCUAAGGCGAAAGGAGCUUCGAAGAAGUCUGCAGCACCAGCGAAGGGCGGGAAAGCAUCUCCAAAGGUGGCGAAGAAAUCUUCUUCCAAAAAGGGAAAGGGAAAGAAGUCCACUAAGAAAUAAACUGUCAUGACUGUAGACGCGGGUUUUAGCUGCGGAGGCUUGUCUGUGAUGUACAUAAGGAUGAUGUUUAUAUCAAUUGUGUUGAAGGAAAUGUACGUACUGUAGAUUGCCGUGUUUUCUACCGAGAGGGUACAUUUUUAAGCAGAUGCAUUGAAAACAUUAACACUUUGGCUAGUACUAGUACAUUGUGUACAUGUGUAUAAUGAACUGGCUGUUUGGCUCGUGCCGUUUUCCUAAAUUACCUGCUCCAAAAGGAUUUUUGAAUUUUUAUUGAACUGAUCUAUCGUAGAUGUGGAACUCCUUCCAUGUUAGCAGAUACGAGCCUAGUACGUUAAACAGCUCAAAAAUACAGGCCUUUUGAAGCACGGCCCUAGCUCAUGUCAGACCCAUAGAGACAUGUAGUUCGCUCUUGCCAAAGCAUGGCCCAGCUCACUCAAUGUCGGACCCUAGAAACAUGGAUCAUCCAUUACUAAGUUAAGCUUAUCUUUUGUGAAAAAAUAUUUAUCCUGAAAUAUAUUACUGUGAAUAAAUAGAUCGUGGAUUAAGACCAA